AAAAACAAUAACACCAGGAAAAGCACUACACCAGGAAAGUGACGACACCAGAAAAACAAUGACACCGGAAAAAACGACAGCAUUAGGAAAAACAACGACAUCAAGAAAAAUGAUGAUAUCAGGUAAAGAGAUCAGAAUCAACACCACCAGAAAAAUAAUGACACCAGAAAAAUGA